GUUUCUGUCAGAGAAGGGCUUUCCGGGUUCAAUGUCAGUCAAGUCUCUCCAGUCGCCCUCCACCAAGGAGUUCCUAAAGAUCUUUGAGUUCAUCUACUGCCUCCUGGACCCCACCUUCCAGAUGCCCACCUCCAAAGUGGAGGAAGAGGUCCCCAGGAUUCUCAAAGACUUGGGGUAUCCAUUUGUUCUCUCCAAAAGUUCCAUGUACUCUGUGGGGGCACCACAUACGUGGCCACAGGUCUUGGGGGCUGUUGUCUGGCUCAUCGAUACUGUGAAGAUCUUUUGCAGUAUGAGUGAUCAGGACCUGCUCUUUGCUGAUUUCUCUGACGGAAGCACUGAGAUUGAGGACGGGGUUGAGUUCAACAAGCUCUUUCUGGACUACACUGCUGAAACCUACAACAAGUUCAUGCAAGGAGCAGAUACGUUUGAUGAAGAGGAUGCAGAUUAUCUUGCUAAACUAAAGAGACUUUACAACGUUGACGAAGGGCUUCUCGCAUCCAUGGAGGAGAAGUACAGGAUGCUGAGUGAUGAGGUUGAGCKACUGGAGAAAGAAAGCCAAACGGACCGAUUGAUGGUCAAAAGAACGGAGAAAGUCAAACUUCAGACAGACCUGCAGAAGCUGCAGAGUUAUCGCAGUAACCUGGAGUCUUUCAAAGCCAACMURGAGAACAAAGCCUCUGGAUUGGCCGAGGAGCUGGAAGCAUCGGGACUGCAAGUGGAGACCCUAAAACAGGAGGAGUCCCGGCUCCAACACAUCUUGUCCACCCAGAAGUUCACUCCGGCAGACAUUGAGAGGAUCAACUGGGAGAAGAGGGAGCUGCAGCAGACCAUCAACAGCCUGAGCAAGAGCCUGGAGCAGGCCGAGCAGCACAUGUGGAACGAGGAGAUCGCUCUGGCCAAGGCCAAGGAGACGGUAAGGAAUAGGAUGCUGGCCUGA